AUGAUUCGCAGCACUCCACUGGAUUGUCAUGCUUUCUCUUUUGUUGCCAGUGACAGCUCUGUAGGACUUAAAGAGCCUGGUUCAUUGUCCUUCAUACAGAGAUCCGUUGAUCUCUUCAACAUGUGGAAAGUAGUGCUCCUGGGUCUAUACGUGGUAUUGGCUGUGCGAGGAUUGGCAAAGGGUGCUCCUUUCCAACCAGAAGAAAAAUGGAAGCCUCUAGAUAACCCUAGAAACAGAGAUCUGUUUUUCAGAACGCUCCAGGCUUAUUUUUCGGGCAGGGGUCUUGAUCUGAGAAAGCUCCCAGCUACUUUCACUAUGAACAACGAUGGACCAAGGCCUGUGAUGUUCUAUUCAGACCCAAUUGCUUCUGCAUUUGCAGAUUAUGAAGAAAGGAAAAAUUCUUUUCCAAAUGUUUUCAAAGGCUGA